AGUCCCAAGCGAAGACGAGGCGAGCAAUGACAGAGUAGGAACAGCUGAUCGGAGCCACUGCUUUGUUUACCUGGGGAAGUUGCGUGCCUGCCCUUACUCACCACUCGGGGAGGACCGUGAAUACUGAUGUUAAGACAUAUCAUCAAUCGCCAGUAUGAUCCAGUCAGCAGCAAUGUUGUAUACCCACUUGCAAAAGGUAAUGAAAACUUCCUGCAGCGGAUGUCCCUCCUGCAGUCCAUGGAGGUGCACAGGGGAUGUGUCAACACAGUGGUGUGGGAUACACCGGGGAAUCUCUUACUCUCAGGUUCAGAUGACCAGCAGCUUGUCAUAUGUGAUCCAUGGGAGCGAAUGACAAAAAUGCGCAUUCAUACAGCCCAUCGUGCCAACAUAUUCAGCGCCAAAUUUAUGCCGCAUACAGCCAAUAGAAAAAUUGUAUCCUGCUCAGGAGAUGGCAUUGUGAUUUAUACAGAUGUUGAAAGACAAGAAGAGACACAUGACUGUAAAUUCACAUGCCACUACAGUACUUGUUAUGAUGUUGUCACCCUCCCUGAUGAUCCUCACACCUUCCUUACCUGUGGAGAGGAUGACUGUGUCCGCUGGUUUGACCUCAGAAUAAAGACAAAGUGUUCUGUCCGAGAGUGUCAAGAGGACAUUCUGCUGAAUAUGGGCCACCCUGUCACUGCUGUGGCUGUUAAUCCCAUCACUCCAUAUCACCUGGCUGUAGCUACCCAGGAUUCCACCAUAAGAAUAUAUGAUCGACGCAUACUGGGUACCCGGGCAUCAGAUUCAUACUUGGAACAAGCUGAUCAAGCUCUCCUGAUGCGACUCAAACCCGACAGCAUGGAGGGCAAGAGCCAUCGAGUAACCAGCCUGCGCUAUAGCCAGGAUGGUCAGGAAAUUCUUGCCAGCUACUCCUCAGACUUCCUUUAUCUUUUUGACACUCAGAAUUAUAAAGAAACAUCCAUGAAAGUUAAAGUGGAUAAUGAUGCCGAGGCUAACUCUGGCCCCACCCUGAAGCGCCUGCGUCUGCGAGGGGACUGGUCAGACACUGGCCCUCAAGCUCUCCCAGAGCGUGAGAUGAGGAGCCAGGCUGGAGAUGUUGGACAAGCAAGACCAACUUUGCAUGCUACCCUAAUGCAAAGAAUGACUGAUGUGUUGUCUCGUAUGUUAAACGAUCCCAACUCAAGAGCACCUGGUCAGCGAACAACUUCUGAAUCUGAGUCAUCUCAGAAUGCAGCAGGUGAUGAAGAAGGCAACACAGAGAGUGUCAGUCAGCCACCCUCCUCCAGCCCUAAUGUUCAUCUUGCUGCCACAGCAGAAACAUCUGAUGCUGUGGCUGAAGAUAUUAUUGAGUCAGAACAGCUUCCCACAACAAGUGAGGCCACAAAUGAAAGUGAAGAGUUGAUGGAAAGAAAUUGUGAUGAGUCAGACACUUUGCAACCAGAACAAACAGCUGAUAGUGAACCUCAUCAAUCUGACAGUGCUGAGCCUCAGACAGAAGCAACUGAGAGUGCUGAUUCAAUAGUUGAAGGGAUGAAUCAUGAAAAUGAAAUGCCUUCAAAGAAUUCCAAAAUUGAGGGCUUGCAGGAUAGAAUUACUUCACUAAGAAGAGGAUUUGUCAAAAAACACCAGGUGGAACCAUCAGUCGAUCUCUCUUAUUCUGGGCAUGGAGUCUCCAGCAGCAUGAUCAGUUUAGGUGUGGGAGAUGAAGUAUCUCGUGAUUGUAACUCACAAGAGAAUGAAGAUGAAACCAGUGGUUCACCUAGAGAAUCCUCCCCAAGGCUGCUGCCUCAACCAGACCAAACUCCUGAGCCCUCUCAGCCUUCAGAAACUGUCUUGUCUGAGAUCCCAGGCUCCUCUUCCUCCCCCUGUCCGUCCACAUCCUCUCAUCCUCCAGUGACCAAAGCUCAGACAAUCUCCACAUCCACCUCUAGUCCAGCCAUUUGUAACAUGGAAGCUGACCAAUCUGCUUGGACUGGCAGGGGAGGUAUGGGAGCAGACUCGGGUAUGGCAGCGUCCUCUAGUCAUGGGACAAGAGCCAGUGAAUUAAAUGUUGGACCUGCAUUAGACUUUGGAGAUGAUGAUAGUGAUGAUGAAUCCACAAGUGCCAGAACUGCCAGUGCACGCAUGGCCAAUGCAAUAGAGCGUGCUGUGCAGCGAGCCCGAGGGGAACGUGCAUCAGGAGGAGGAGAGGAGACAGAGGUGACGGUACCUCAGGCAGCUGUUCGCCAAUGUUAUAAGGGUCACCGUAAUGCCAGAACUAUGAUCAAAGAGGCUUGCUUCUGGGGAGACACGCACGUCAUGUCUGGCUCAGACUGUGGCCGUGUCUUUGUGUGGGAACGCAACACUGGGCGACUGGUGAUGUUAUGGGAAGCUGACAGGCAUGUUGUGAACUGCCUGCAGCCCCACCCAUCCUUACCAGUGUUAGCAACCUCUGGCAUUGACUAUGAUGUGAAGCUCUGGGCUCCAUUGUGUGAAGAAUCUCGCUUUGAUGAAACUAAGGCUAAAGAGAUAACACAGCGAAAUGAGGCUCUCUUGGAGGAGACGCGUGACACUAUUACAGUACCUGCAACCUUUAUGAUCCGUAUGUUGGCCUCUCUCAACCAGCUCAGACGAGGAACUACUUUUGCCGAACGUUGGAGAAAUCGCCGCCAGGCUCGUAGACAGGGAGAAGAGGAGGAUCAGGGAGGCAGUGCUGAGUAAAGGGGGGAAAAUCUGUUAGGUUUAUAUUAUAUAUAUACAUAUAUAUUAUUUUGUUUCUUUCAUUUAUAGUUUAUCUUAUAGGAUAUUUGACAUUUUGAUUGUGUGUUACUUGAAUUUUUAUAUAGUACAUAUUGCUGAUGGCUAGUGUGUGUGUGUGUGUGUGUGUGUGUGUGUGUGUGUGUGUGUGUGUGUGUGUGUGUGUGUGUGUGUGUGUGUGUGUGUGUGUGUGUGUGUGUGUGUGUGUGCGUGCAUGCAUGUGUGCGUGCGUGUGUGUGUGUGCAUGUGUGUGGGCAUGUGUUUUCAUCUUGUUUAUUUGAUAUUAUGAUACGUCUAUGUUCAGAAGGACUUACUCAUAGAUGCAUCACAGAUCAAUCUUUAAAGGAAACUUGAGCAUUUUAAUGAAGCAUGUCAAUAUUUUGUUUUUGAAAAGACUGAAGUAAUGUUUUUGUAGUUCUAUUCUUUGACCAUCCUUUGAGCAUCAAGAUUAGAAUGAGAUAAUAAUAUGAAUAGCAAAUAUGGGUUGAUUGAUUUUACACUUUGCAGUUAAUUUGAACAAUACAGCAAUUAAUUUUCUAUAUAGGUAAUAACUAAUAUUUUAAUUUGUACAAUGUAUUCUUGAUGAUUUCAAACUUGACGACUCUCCUUUUCUAUUUAUUAUUCUUUCUUUCCUAAAGUAUUCUCAGUCUUGAAGGCAGAUAUUUAUAAUGAUAAUAUGUAAUUCCAUGUUAAUUUUAGAAAACAUGAGACUGGGAUCCUGUUCACUCACAUUUGAUCACCUUGUCAUGCCUUGGAGUUUCUGGGUGUCAUGUUACAUUAAUUACAUUUGGCAAUCUGCAGGACAUAGCUGUUUUGUAUGAAAUAUAAUUUUGGCAAUUGCUCUUUAGUUGCUAAAAUGAGGUCUUGGGACCAAUUUCACAAUUGUUUUCUAUUGUGAUCAUUACAAGUGAGUGAUGGUCAUCACCCCACCAAAUUGUGUGAAGAGUAUGGAAUCAGAAACUUUUAUUUUGUUGUGGUCAUCACCAGGAUGAAAAAUUCUGAAACCAUGAAAAUAGUUUAAAUAGGACUUUGGUGUUGGUAAUGCAACUUGGUGAGGCAUUAGGUUGAAACACUACCAAACAGUUGUGAAAUUGGGCCUUGGGAGCUCCCAGGGAUGUUGAGGAUGUCUUCCUUUUUACUAGUUAUUUGGAAAUCUCUGCUUUGCUACUUGUGAAAUGUUGGCAUCUCUGGUAUAAGUUCAUUUAGAUUCUGUGCAUAUCAAGGGAGGAUAGGAAUAGCCAUGAUUUGAGGUAAAGAUCAGUUGUGGAAUGUUUACAUUUUUUGUAUAAGCUAAUUUAGAUCUCUGUGUGAAGAUCCAGGAUAAGAAUAGCCAUGAUUUGAAGCAAGUGUUCAUUUUAUAUUCAUAUAUACUGGUUUGAUGAUAUUAUAUUAUAUUUUGUAGUCACUAGGAGAGUAAGAAGUUUUACUUUGAAACUGCCCAUCAUUUGAAGGCACUGAAAUUCAAACUUAGUGUUUCCAAACGUAUUUUUGGUGUUGCCAGAAGAACAAUCAUGAAAAAAAAUGAUCAGUUUAGAGGGGUUUUUGAAGACUAUAGUGGCUGGAGAAUAUCAAUCUAAUUAAACCAUCAUAGAAAGUGUAUGCUUCUCUAUUGAGUGAUCCAACAUGAAUGUAUUGUUCUCACAUUCAUGGAUAUGUUGUUGAAAGUUAAAGUAAUAUGAGAUCUGUUUCACAUCAGAAUGCCAAAGAAAUUUGCAGGUUCUCCAACAUUAAGCAGAUCACUUGCACACUGAUUUUUGAAGUACUAAAUAAGGUAUCUGAAACAGAAAAAAAGAAAAAGAAAAAAAAUGAUCUUUGUUUUACUAGUGAAAGGAAUGGAAGAGUGAGGGUACUGAUUAUCUUGUACAUUACUGAAAUGGAGAACAUAGAGGUGAGAGUACAUAAAUAGAAAAUCUUGUAUGGUGAUGCCAUGAGAGGGGGAAGUAGGCAUGCAGUUAGCAAGCUAUGAAGAGCAGUGACCUUAGAAAUAAUGAUAGAAGAUAAGAUGUGUAACAUUGUGGCAGAUUGUAAGAUGUUGUUUAUGUCUAAAUGAAGAAGAGAUAUUGAUAAGGUGAAAAGUGUUUUGUCUGACAAAUGACAGUAAGAUGCUGCAGAGUAUUAUCAUCAUAAGCGUGUAGAGAAUAAAAGUUUAGGCUGAGAA